AUGAGCGAAGAGGCACCUUCCUCACAAACCUUCACGUCUGCGGAUCGCAUCCGGCAACUAAUUGACAUUGACCAGGAUGUUGCAAAAUUGAUUCAAUCAGCUGGCCUCGCUAUCCAAGCACUCACCAACACGAAGCCAGACUCCCCCUCCGCCCCUUCGGACGGAUCCCUCGAAUCCCACAAAAUCCAAUUCAAAGAAGCCACCACACAAUACUUCUCCCUCCUAUCCUCCAUUGAUGUCCGUCUACGCCGCCAAGUCUAUGCCCUUGAAGAAGCUUCCCUGCUUGCACCAGAGACGGCCUCCAGGACCGGUGAUGCAACAGGCACCGGCGCCGGCGGGCUUGGCGCAGGAACGGGUUCUGGGUCCGGUGCUGCCAACCCUCUGGAUAUCAGCUGGCUGAACAGCCGGAAGGAUACGGUCGGGAAGGAUAAGGAGGCCGAAUUGUGGGCUGCAGCACGAGGGUUUGUGGAGCAGUUGGGCAAGUCGCCCGGUGGGCAGAAUGGCUCGGCCAAGCAAGUGGGCGAGUCCGAGAUGAUGCAGGUCGAUUGA